AUGCCACCGCAUUUCUUCCAACGGCCCCUGCGGUGGUUGGAUUCUCUUACAAUCAAGUGGGAGAAGGUAUCAACCAGCCCCUCGAAGAAACGCAAGUCGUCGGAAACGGAAGAUGAUGGUCUUGGGGAAGGCGAAACUUUGCAAGAACCCGAAAAACCCCCCAAACCAUCCAAGUGGGCUAAACUUAGCUCCGACUCAUGGCUUUGGGAAACGUCGGCGGUAGUUUUCAGUGCACUAUGUUUCACCGCCAUAUUCUGUGUGGUCUGGGUUUACGACCAGAAGACAUCCCCACAACUUCCAUACAGAAUUACACUGAAUAGUGUGAUAUCAAUACUUGGAACAGCGUCUAAAUCGUCUGUGAUCUUCGCGGUGGGAGAGUCUCUGGGGCAGUUGAAAUGGCUUUGGUUUUGGACAGCUAAAAGACGGCUGCGGGACCUGCAGUCAUUCGACAAUGCCAGUCGCGGACCCUGGGGCUCUUUUAAUAUCCUACUACAACAUAAGGGCAGAUCAAUCGCGUCUCUCGGGGCUUUGGUCACUAUCCUAGCACUUGCCUUUGACCCAUUUCUUCAGCAAAUUUUGACAUUUCCAUUGAGAGAGAUUCCCAAUCCCUCGAAUGAGAAUCCGGAGACCUCUUCCUUCAAUCAAGUUCACGUAAUUGCACCCAUAUUACCACCCGAUUACGUCAGAGGAGGCCCGAAAGAAUUGAGCCCGGAACAGGCGGAGUAUCAUGCCACUUUUCUUGACGCCGUACUAUCCGGUCUCUGGUCCAGUCAACCUCAGAAUAGCCCAACCUGCGCCUCGGCAAAUUGUACUUGGGAGCCCUUUCGAUCAGUCGGCUACUGCACCAAAUGUCAAGAUGUCACGACCUUGGCUAGUCUCAAGGGCUGCGACAAUGUUUCCUUCACUUACGAUGUACCUUUCAAAACAAACACGACCUACGCCCAGCCUAGUGAUUGCAAAAUAUCCUUGCCGCAAGGAAAGUUCUCACCUCAUCUGAUCACGUUUGCACGGAAGAACAUCACUUAUACCGACCGCCGGGUGCAACAGAUGAACUUAACACGUCAUGUCGUCUGGGAAAUUCAUAAUAUAGCCAGAAUAUUCGACAACAUGCAUGAUAUAUAUGUGCCAAACUCAACUUUCCUUGGCAUUGAAAACCCUUUGCUAGUGUUUGGACAAGCCGAGAUUGAGUAUGACUUCCCCAAAUACAUAAAGUAUAAUGCCAUGCCUGAACCAGAGGCCACGCGUCUUCUUCAUCCAGAGCGGGUUACGAAGAAGCUUGCCAAGGUCGAAGAAUGUGUAUUGUCGUUGUGCUCGAGGACAUACAAUGUCUCCGUUACAAACGGUAUGCCUCGGGUUGAAUUUUCCUCACCAGACUUUGGGCAGUCAUGGUUCCCAGGGCCCGAGACAGUCGUCAGCGAUAUUGAUACUGAGUUUGACUGGAGAUUUACAUCUGACGUCAGUCGACCAGAUGCUUGGAAAAUGUGUUGGAAACAAUGGAAAGUCGAUCCGCUCGUUUACCAAAAUCUCUGUUCCGAAUCUAUUAAAUACAACACACCACCCCCUGAUCGAAUCACUGGGCCGCAUGGAUCUGGUUUCUGCUAUGUCACCACCCUUGUUCCAGACAUACAAAAAUAUAUUGGAGGCAAUCUCGAAUACCGCACGGAAAUAUGGGAUGGUGGCCCAUACUGGUCAGAGCCAGAUGGUCAAGCCAGAGAUACAGACUCUGACAUCUUUCAAUGUGUGAUGAGGAUUGGGCUCAAUAAGAUGAUGGACAAUCUCGCGAUUUCAUUGACCAACUGGGCACUACAUGAAAGUAACGACGCAAACAACGGCACUUCAUAUAUCUCAGAGGUGUAUGUGAAGGUACAUUGGCCAUGGGUAGCUCUACCGGCAGUAGUCAUCAUCCUAUCUUCCAUUCUCCUUCUAUCUACAGCGCUGGUCAGCAGGUCAAAAAGUCGUGUGCUGUGGAAAACCUCUACCCUGCCUAUUCUAUACCAUGGUCUUGAUGAGGAUAUCCUGAAGGAUACAGAUGUGUGUUCUGCACUUAGCAAAAUGGAGACCACUGCGGAGGCUACAAAUGUUGGGCUUCGACUUUCCGACACCAAGGGUAGGGUGUUGCUGCAAAUGUGA